ACCUUAUUCCAACAACAUCAUCAAACAAACAAUACCAACAAAUUUGUACUACUUCCUCCUACUAAACACUCAAAAAUACACAUAAACUUUAACCUAAAUUUACCCAUAAAAAUGGAAAAUCUUAUGUUCAAUUUUAAUGGAGAUGAUUUUUUAUCGUGUCGAUGCGUAUGGGUUAACGGUCCUGUAAUCGUUGGAGCCGGGCCUUCGGGCCUAGCCGUAGGAGCAUGUCUUAGAGAACAAGGAGUGCCCUUUGUAGUCCUAGAAAGAGCCGAUUGUAUUGCCUCACUUUGGCAAAAACGCACCUAUGAUAGGCUAAAACUCCACCUUCCUAAACAAUUUUGUCAAUUACCCAAAAUGCCCUUCCCUAAAUCAUUCCCCGAGUACCCUACUAGAAGGCAAUUUAUUGAGUAUCUUGAGUCUUACGCUAACCACUUUGAAAUUAACCCACAUUUUAACGAGUAUGUUAAAUCAGCUAAGUACGAUGAAAAUUUAGGGCUUUGGCGAGUUAAGACUUUUGGCCAAGGCCCAACUCGACUCGAGGUCGAGUAUAUUUGUAGAUCACUUGUUGUGGCUACCGGAGAAAACGCUGAAUGUGUUGUACCCGACAUUGAUGGGUUAGCCCAUUUUGACGGUAAAGUGAUCCAUUCGAGCCAGUAUAAAUCCGGCGAGGCUUAUCAAGGUCAAAAAGUCCUCGUGGUCGGGUGUGGCAACUCGGGCAUGGAAGUUUCGCUCGAUCUUGCUAACCAUCAAGCAAAACCUUCAAUGGUCUGUCGUAGCUCGGUACAUGUACUUCCUAGAGAAAUAAUGGGAAGAUCAACAUUUGAGCUAGCAAUGUUACUAAUGAAGUGGAUUCCUCUUUGGUUGGUAGACAAAAUACUACUAUUAUUUUCAUGGUUUAUACUUGGUAACAUGGAAAAGUAUGGAAUUAAGAGGCCAAAAACGGGCCCACUUGAGCUAAAGAACAAAAAAGGAAAAACCCCUGUUUUAGACAUUGGUGCCUUAGAGAAGAUUCGAUCUGGAGACAUUAAAGUAGUGUCAGGAAUCAAAAGCUUUUACUCUAAUGGCGUUGAGCUCAUUGAUGGCACUAAAAUGGAGGUUGAUGCAGUUGUUUUGGCUACUGGGUAUCGUAGCAAUGUUCCUUCUUGGCUUCAGGAAGGAGAUUUCUUUAACAAGAAUGGAUUUCCAAAGACACCAUUUCCAAAUGGGUGGAAAGGAAAAAAUGGAUUAUAUGCAGCUGGAUUUACAAGGAGAGGGCUUGCUGGUGCUUCAUCUGAUGCCAUGAAAAUAGCACAAGAUAUUGCUAAUCUUUGGAAACAAGAAACUAUCCAAAAAAAUCUCACUGCUCCUCGUCAUAGAAGGUGUAUUUCCACUUUCUAAUUACACCCACAAAAACCCAAAAAAGAAAAAGAAAAAAAAAUCAAAAAAAAACUAAAAAAGGUUUUGAAUUUAUUUAUUUAUAUAUUAAGUGUGUAAAUAGUAAAUACUAUGAUGAAGAAAAAGACAUAGAGUAGUGAGAAAAGGUAUAAGAAACGGAAGCCCUCUCCAGAAGCAAGAAGCCCAAAGUUUUAAAAUCAUUUUAUGUAUCUGUUUGAGUUGGAUACUGAAAAUGAUAUUUUAUUUCAUAAUAUUAAUUUUAAUGACAAUUUUCACGAAAUAGAGAAGUAGUGUUUUUGGGCGUUUUAUGUACUUUUAGGAUGAUGAGGCUUUUUUUUUGGGUUUGUAAUUUUUUCUUUUAUUCUUUUAAGUGCCAUAUGUAAUAUCUCCUUGUGUAAUCAAUAACACAAAUGACAAAAGGUUUUGUUUCUUCAUUGUAAAUUU